AUGGAGGCUCAUCAGGUGGCGCGCAUGAUCCAUGCCAGACAGUUUCCCAGUUUCUGCGUCCUGCUCCCGGCGAGCGUCGAGGAGAUCCGCGUCAUAGGUGCACUCCAUGGACAGAUCGAGCCAGAUGCUGCGAGCGCCUUGCUCGCGGCCUGCAUGGAGGAGAUGGAGACCCAUCGCGCGGAGAUCGUCGCGCAGCAGGCCCAGCGGGUGGAAGAUCGUUUCCUCCGAGAGCAGCAAGACCGGGAAUACCAGGAGGCAUUGGAAAUGGAUAGAAGACGCGCGGAGGAGAGAGAAGCGCAAAGGCGCAGAGAAGAAGAGGAGCGACAGAAGGCAACAGAGCGACAGGGAGCACAGCGGAGAGUGGGGGUCUCCGUUCCACAGCGAAGACAGUUGUCGCACGUCCCCUCUGUGUGGAGCACACGAUGUUGA